AUGGAGCUCGGGGAUAUGGCUUCGUUGGACCUGGAGCUCUCCAAGUGGCGGGGGGAGGUUCUUUCUGCAAGGUUUGGGGACUGUCGCGGAGUGGUUGAAGCCGUGGUCAAUAUGGCCAAGGAAAGGCUUCUAACCUGGCGUGGCGUGGACCACACCUGGAAGGAAGUGAUCCGAGAAGUGGAGCGCAUGCCAAGUAGCCUGUCCUCCUUGACCAACCAGUGCCAGCGCCUCUUCCGCGCCAUGAAGGAGGCGCAGCUCACCAAGCCCGGGGGCCCAGUUUUGCGCCUCACCGGAGGGACCUCAACCGCAUCUUUGCUGAGUGCUGGCACCUGGCGUCUUCUGGUCGGCCUCGUGGCGACGGUCGCGCUGCGGCCGCACAACGACUUCCUGAGCUCCUCGGCUUCUCUACCAAGACUCCUGGGCUCAGACACCGAUUCAGAUUACCAAGAGCGCUACAGUGGCUAG